GCUUCUUCUCUUCCAAAGUCCAGCUUCCACUUCUAGGGUUCCUUUGCUUUCAAUUCUUCCUUCAAAAUAUUAUUUUUAUAUUCUUUUUCUCAAAAAGGCAAUAAACCCCUUUUCCUUACCGAUCUUGUCCUCUCUCUCUCUCUCUUUCUUGCCGUAUGUUCGUGUUUUUCUGGCGUGAAGACUUUUCUGGGAGCUUUAUAUAAGGAAAAGUUGAGAAUUUUGAUAAACCGCAGCCGAGUUUACAGAACUGAAUUGUAGUUUCCUUCAUCAGUAUCAAAUUUUCCAACAGCUUAUUCAGGAACAAACAGAGAGAAAGUUUAAAGAUGGGUUAUUUAUGUGAUUUUUGUGGAGACCAGAGGUCAUUGGUGUACUGUCGCAGUGAUGCUGCAUGCUUAUGUUUGUCGUGUGAUCGAAAUGUUCAUUCUGCUAAUGCCCUAUCUAGGCGUCAUUCGAGAAGCCUUCUAUGUGAGAGAUGUAAUUCACAACCUGCUUUCGUGAGAUGUGUUGAAGACAAAAUUUCGCUUUGUCAGAACUGCGAUUGGUUGGCUCAUGGUAGCUCACCUACUUCUUCGACACACAAGAGGCAAACAAUCAAUUGCUACUCUGGCUGCCCUUCAGCUGCAGAGUUUUCUUCAAUAUGGUCCUUUUUCUUAGAUAUCCCUUCUAUGGGUGAAGCAUGUGAGCAGGAACUGGGUUUGAUGAGCAUUAAUGAGAAUGGCAACAAGAGUGAUUUGGUUCCUCCAGAAGGGACAAAUGUGUCUGGUUCAUCUCAAGUGACAGAUCUACCCACCAAGGGUAAAUUUUGGGCUGGAACAUCUUCAAUACCCGUGUCAGACUCAGAACCUCGUAUCCUGGACCAGCUACCUGAACCUGGGAAUGAAUGUAUGCCCAAGUUGAAUUGUCCUGGGAAAAAAAUUUCCGGGAUAUGUGAAGAUGAUAAUCUAUAUGAUGAUUUCAUCAUGGAUGAAGUGGAUCUAGAACUUGAGAACUACCAGGAACUUUUUGGGAUGGCUCUCAGUCAUUCGGAAGAGCUUUUUGAAAAUGGUGGAAUUGAAAGCUUAUUUGAGACAAAAGACAUGUCUGCUAGUGUUGGUGAAUCCCACUGUCACGGUGCUGUUGCUGCUGAGGGAUCAUCUACUGGGCUGGUCAAUGCUAUCCAACCAGCAUGCAGCAAUGCAGCAUCUGUAGAUUCAAUGUUGAGUACAAAAACUGAACCAAUUGUUUGUUUUACGGGAAGGCAAUCUCAAUCAAACAUUUCUUUUUCUGGUGUUACCAAAGAUAGUGCUGGUGACUAUCAAGAAUGUGAUGCUUCUUCAAUGCUUCUCAUGGGAGAGCCUCCCUGGUGUCCUCCUUGCCCUGAGAGUUCCCUGCAUUCUGCCAACCGUAGCAAUGCUGUAAUGCGCUAUAAGGAAAAGAAGAAGACCCGGAAGUUCGAGAAGAAAGUAAGGUAUGCCUCUCGCAAGGCUAGGGCCGAUGUCAGAAGGCGUGUGAAGGGCCGAUUUGUUAAAGCCGGUGAUGUCUAUGACUAUGACCCUUUGAGCCAAACCAGAAGCUACUGAGUGUACAACUUUUAACCAUGUUCUAUAAAAGGAAAGGAACACUCGUAAAGAAAACAGUAACUCUUACCUGAAAAAAUGGAUGAAAUUGAUACAUUUUUUAUCCAUGCAGUGACAAACUGUCUGAUUUGAUCACAGGGGCAUAGAUUUUCUGAAAGGAGAAGAAGAUUGUAAGCAGGCCCUAUUUCAAUGAACAGACAGUGUAAGCUCAGGAGCAGGUUGUGUCCUUCACUGCAAUGGACAUCCCCAGUUGCAAUUUCUGCUUACAUGACAGCAUCACAAACUGCCUUCAGGCAAUGUGUCAUGAAUUUUGAUUGCCCUUCUGUUUAACUUGGCAAAUCCUGCUUCUUCAUUCUAAUCUAAUGCAAAAUUCUUUUGGUCCUUGGCCUUGAUCUUGCUCAUAGUUUGUCAUAUUUUAUGUCAACUCCUCACUGAUCCUAAGUCACAUGUACAAGUGCCUAUGAUGGCAUGAUAAGUGGCUCAAUUUGAUAAAUUCUAGACAAUGUUCUACUCUGUUGUAGGCUGUAAUAUUUUGUCCCUCUCUUUUUGCCAUGUAUUCUGCAGAAUAUACAUGUGUGCAGCUAGAGGUGUAAUGGCCCAACAGUUCCUUAGGUAUGACAAAUUGUAAAUUUGAAGGUUUUUUAUGUAUAGAAUAGGAUGCUGCUAUUUAUAAUUUUGAUUACAAAACGUUCAUUGGAACUGUAUAAUGUAUUCAUAAAAAGUUUUGUUUGUAUUUUAUUUGAGUCAUUGAUACAUUUCAACUACAUGGCGUUUUUACUUCAGUUGUAUGACACUGCUGAAAAGAACAAUGUGAACCCUGUUAUAGAAGAACCUUGUGAUUGUAUGGAAAUUGUUAACCAUGGUUAAUGGAUGCAUCCUUAGGAAAGAGGUAACGUGUAACCAUGGUUAAGGCACUGGGCACUGUUGCCAAUAAUGAAUCCCUGAGAUGGUGGGGUUCUUCUUCUAUCUAUAAAGCAAAGAGAGAAGAAAUUACGGAUUUUCCAUCAUUCCAGAACCGUAAUCUUCAAACCCCACUUCGCCAGAUAUUAAGAAGAAACCAAAAGAGUUUCCAUACUUGGUGUUUCUUCCUCCUUUUUGGUUCCUCAUUUCCAUGUUUUUGGAUUCUUCCUGAUCCAAACGAAUCCAUUGUGUCUUCUUAGCUCAGUUUUGAGCUUCAACAGUUGCAACUUUGAACACAAUUUUAUCUGUAACUUGGUAUCCUUAAAGGACUCUCAGAGCAUUGAUCAAAAUGGGCCUCUCAAGUCUCCCAGCACCAUCUGAAGGAGUAUUAUGUGUCCUUCUGGUGAACACUGUAUUGUCAAUUUCCAUAUUCAAGGGCAUUGUUAGGACAAUCCUACACAUUGUUGGAAUCCAUCUUUCUUCAUCGACCACUUCACCCUCUUCACCAGAUCCCUACCAAGCGCCACCUGAGUCAUUUGAAUUCCAUCUAAGUCCCUCUGAGAGUUACAUUGAAGAGUUCAGAAGCCGGACACCAACACUCAGGUUUGACAGUGUGUGUUGCUGCAAACGACCUGAACAUGACUGUUCUGUAUGUCUCACUCAGUUCGAACCGGAAUCUGAGAUUAACCGUUUAUCGUGCGGCCAUCUCUUCCACAAAGCUUGCUUGGAGAAGUGGCUGGACUACUGGAACAUUACAUGCCCACUUUGCAGGACUCCCUUGAUGCCUGAAGAUGACACACCUUGCUUUCAGUAAGCAAAAUGAGUGAGCAUGCCAAUAAGAGAGUUCCAUGUACAGUGUAGUGUAAAUAUUCUUGAGGGUUUUGAUGUUCACGCAUCUGAGUUCAGCCACCUUUUUAAGCUUUAACCUUUUGCCUUUUAUGGUCUAGAGUUUGUGGAGGGUUUUGUUUUCCCUUUUUCUGUCUGUGCUCUUUAGCACAAAUGAGGGGUAUACUUUUUGCUUGCAUAUUAUGUUUGUUCACAAUGCCCGCCUUGUUUGGACCUCUGAGCCUUAAUUCUAUGUUGGGCAUUUUGAUCCUAAUUUGGAAGCAUGGAUUGUAGAAUCCAUUUGUUUUGCCUUUCCAACUCUCAUCACCACCAUGUAUAUAUAGUGCAGUGUGUAAAUAGCUGUGGUUGGCAAUAAGAUUCAGUUAUCACUAAA